UCGCUCAGAGGGAAGAGGAGAACCUGCUGCUGAGCUCGCGGUCAUGCCGGUGAGCACCGUGUACCGGGGGACGCUCGCGCACUCCACGCGGGACGAGGCGCUCCAGAUCCUGGAGGACUUCGUGCUGGGAGUGGACGCCGAGGGGAAGAUUGCCUUUAUUGAGGAAGGUCAGAAUGUGGACAGUCUCUCACAGACAUGGGGCUUCCAAACCUCGGAUGUUAUACAGCUCGAGCAGCAUGAGUUCCUCAUGCCAGGAAUGGUUGACACACACAUCCAUGCCUCGCAGUACAGUUACUCAGGCACUGCCCUCGACCUGCCCCUCUUAGACUGGCUCAACACGUACACGUUCCCUGUGGAGUCACGCUACAAGGAUCUGGACUAUGCCAGGAACGUCUACACCAAAGUUCUGAAAAGAACUUUACGCAAUGGAACCACAACAGCAUGUUACUUUGCCACUAUACAUACCGAUGCCUCACUCCUGCUUGGACAAAUUGCAGAUGACUUUGGGCAAAGAGCACUUGUGGGAAAGGUGUGCAUGGACUGCAACAGUACGGUGCCGUAUUAUAAAGAGCCACUGAAGGAAUGCAAAGACGAGACGCUACGGUUCAUACGUGAACUACUGAAGAAAGAGGUAAAGUGCUGGACUCUUCCAUGCAGGACACCAAUAAAAGAAACAGGAAUGAUCACAGCAAACUAUGCCCAUGUAAAGCCGGUGGUGACCCCACGUUUUGCGGUGUCCUGUUCCUCUUCCCUGCUCCACACCCUGGGAAAGAUUGCCAAAAACAAUGACCUACACAUUCAGAGCCACAUCAGUGAAAACAAAGAAGAGGUAAAGUUGGUGAAACAGCUUUUUCCAGACUGCAAAUCCUACACGGAUGUCUACCUCAAACAUGACCUGCUAACAGACAAGACAGUGAUGGCUCAUGGUUGCUACUUGAGUGACGAGGAACUGAAGAUUUUCCAUGAAAGAGGAGCAGCAAUCUCUCACUGCCCAAACAGCAACCUCUCCUUGGCCAGUGGCAUGCUUAACGUUCGUAAUGUUCUAAACCACAAAGUGAAGUUGGGCCUGGGCACAGAUGUAGCAGGAGGCUACUCCCCCUCCAUGCUGGAUGCUCUUCGUCGAGCUAUGGACACCUCCAAGGUCUUGAGCAUGCAGGAUGCUCAGCAUCAGACUCUCACCUUUGAGGAGGCCUUCCGGUUAGCCACGCUUGGGGGCAGUGAGGCACUCUCAUUGGAUGAUCAGACAGGAAACUUUGAAGUAGGGAAGGACUUUGAUGCUCUGCGAGUGAACAUGUGUAUUCCUGGAGGCCCGGUCGAUAUGUUUCCUGGACAGGGGCCCAAGGUCAUUUUGGAGAAAUUUCUAAAUCUGGGUGAUGAUCGGAACAUUGCUGAGGUGUUUGUGGCUGGGAGAAGAGUGGUGCCAUUUCCAGAUUUAUAGUAAUUAUUCCAGAACCCUCAGUAAACCAGGCUACACCACUACUAACUAGGAGCUCUGACACACUGCUGGACAGGAGACAGCACUUUAUAACAAUAUAUCGCAAAUGGUUUAACUUUUAAUAUUUCAAUGUGUUACAAUAUGUGGCGAUAUCAAUCUCACAUAUAGCACUUUAUAACAACAUAACUCAAAAAGUUUAACUUUUAAUAAGACUUUAUACUAAUAAUUUGAAUAUAACGUUUAACUUUAAAUAUUGUGUUUUAUUUUGUGGUGAUAUAAUAAUAAUUUUGUGAGGCCAAAAGGCCAUGCUUUUCAUCUCAGGACUUUUUUUUUUUAAUGAGCUUAAUGAAGCCUCAUUGUAAAUGAAGCACUACUAUACCUGGAGUUUUAGUUUUGCUGACCAUAGUAACUGCUCAGAAGGAAUUAAAGUACCAUUUGAACAUUUUG